AUCACGUGACUUCCGCGGUAAGCGGGAAAAUUGACAACAACAAUGGCGCAAGCACGAGUAACAGAGUUUUAUGCAACCAAGAAAAGAAAUGGAGAUGCACAGCCAUCUAAGCGUAGAAAGUUGCAAAUUAAUGCAGAGGUUUCAGAAACUAUUCAGAGUGAACCAAAGAGCACAAGAUCAACGCGAUCGUCCACCAGAGGUAAAGGAAUUUCUACACCUGUAUCUGCCGAACCAGAAAAUGUUUUGUUUACACUUUCUCUGCCCGAUGCAAGCGCAAAAUCAACAACAACAAAAGGUGUAAAGCAGAGAACCAGGAAAAUUAAGCAAAUCAAGGGACAGCAAUCAAUAACUGAUGCGUUAAGAUCGAGAUCGCCGUCUCCAGCUUCAAGUUCGGCUAGUGAAGAAAUAACAUCUGCCUGGGACGAACAUGACGGUCCACUGACGCCAUCAAAGAAAUCUAAACAGAACAAUGAGGGCGAAACAAAGGGAAAGACCCAGGCCUCGAGAAAGCGUACCCGACAAAGCAAGGUAAAACAGGACCUGAAGACGCCCCUUAAAGAAGAAAAGGAGGAGACAGUCAAGGCACCAAGGUCCAGAAAGAAGCUGCAGUUACGUAGCGAUGUCAUUGCAUCUAGUGAAAGCGAAAACUCUGAAAAUGAGUUGCGAGAACCAGAAGUGCACUCAGAAAAACAGAAAUAUCGUGAAGUCCUGGACCUGCCACCCCUGGCCAUUUCCCCCCUCCCCGACACCCCUGAAGUUGUGAGACAGCAGAUGGAGAAAGGUCCGAAGGUCCCCACAUCCAACAAGGUCCAGGCAGCCAUGGAGAAACUGAAGGAGCUCAAUAAAGAAGGCACAGCAAUGGAGAAGGUAUCCAAAUCUGAGGUGACAGAAAAGCUGAAAAAAUGUGGUAAAUUAGAGGAAUUGAAAGCUCAGCUAUUACAGUUAAAUGAGGCUAAAAAGGAAAUGAAAAAGAUAAAGGAGUCAAAAACAAAACCUAAAGCAUUACCUGUAGUCACCAAAGCAAAGGCCCCAGAACUCAGUAAAUUUGAGGCAAUAGAAGUGAAGGUGGAAGCAAAGGAGGAGUUGGAACCGGCAAGUGACCAGAAGGCCCCAGCCUAUGAGAGGUUCCACCAUCUGGCCACCCCCGCCCCUCCCUCACUGUCCCUCCCCUACAAGUACAAGUUACUGGAGGACAUGUUCCGCAGCAUGGACACAGUGGUCAGCAUGUUACAUAAUCGCUCAGAAAUCUGCACCUUCUCCAAACUCAAGACAGCCGUUCAGGAGAUGACCAAAAGGAACUUUGAGCAGAAGAAUGUUGGUCAGAUAAAGACUGUAUAUCCUGAGGCCUACACCUUCAGACAGGAGAAAGGACUUCCUGCCUUUGGAGGAAAGUCACAUGACUAUCAGCUGACUGUAGAACCAAACUUCAAUGAUGAGUCCGAGAAUAAGUUAACAACAAAGUCAGGUAGACCCUGUUUUGCUGCUAAAGACAUUCUUCAGAGGAAAACCACAUUCCACAACAAGUUAAUCUCAAUUGUCAUGAAACACCAUAAGAAAUUUCUGUCCUCUCUAUCUCGACCCCUUUCUGUCCCUGAAGACAAAAUUACAAGGUGGCAUCCAAAGUUUUCCCUGGAUGAGGUGCCAGAUAUUCCUGUUGACAGCCUGCCAGAAGCUCCGUAUGUGAAGAAGUACCAGUCAGCUCUAGACGUCCUAGAGGAUAACAAAGCCAGGCUCCCAGACAGGGUAAAGAAGGCCCUUAAUUCAGUAGCCAUGGAAAACGUGAAAAAGGAGUCCAAAAACUCACCAGAGCCAUCAGCAGCUAAGAAUUUACCUCAGCUGCAGGGAGUUCCUCAGUCCCUGUUGGAGAAGAUUCGAGCUCGAGAAGCUAAGAAACAGGAGCUUGAGAUGAUGCGUGACCCCGUGGAGGACAAAAGGUCACUGAUGAUCCAUCGUCUUCCAGAGAUGAUGAGAAUCCUCAGGGCCCACUUUGUGACGGAAAAGAAACCAGCUCUUACAAUGGAAAAUAUAGUACAGAAACUAACCGACAGCUACAAGACAACUAUACAAGCUGCUGAUGUUGAGUCUCAUGUCAAACUUCUGAUAGAACUUGUACCAGAAUGGCUGACAGUGGUGGAGAUCAAAAAGGGCAAAUACGUCAAGAUGGACAGGAAUAUAGAACUGGGAAGUCUACAGUCCAAAGUAUUAAACAUGGUCAAAUCUUAACUUGUAUAUCUUGUAAAUAGGAUCUGUAAAUGCAUGUGUAACGCUGCAUCUCAUUGCCAAAUAUUUAUGAGUUUGUUUCAAAUUUUUGUUUGUAUUGAAGACAAGGAUUUUUAAAGCAUGUUUUUUUCUCAUGGGUUGUUUUAUCAAAGAAGCAAAUUUUUAGGAAUUUUUUAUACAUUAAUUUAUAUUUAAGUUCAAUUUUUUGAAACCAUGUGAACAUUUUAAAAAGUAGCAUGAUAUAAUGUUUUAAUUUCUCUUUUAUACAUCUAUUUCUAUUAUUCUGUGAAGAAGUCUUGUUGAUUAGUUGCAUGUUUGUGUAAUACCACUGAAUAAUGGUUAAAAUGUUUUGGAUUUUAGAUUCUUUGUACAUCAAGAUUUGAUGGUAGAAUUUUUUGUUG